GAUUACUGAUCAAAAUAUUUUAGCCAACAAAGAAAGGGAGAGAAAAGAAGGGAAAUUGGAGUCCAAUUGCUUUCUGAGCUUGGCUUCAUAUAAAAAUAAAGCCUAGAGGAAGUUGGCCAACGGUUAACUUCCCUCCAAACCUUGUGAUUCCCUUCGAAUCAAAGCAAAACUUAGCAGUUCGAUUCUUGGUCACCCUCUGAGACACAACCUCACCUUCCUGACAUAUCCUUCACACCAAUCUUCCCUUCCUCCUCUUCUAUAUACACUUCAUCAUCUCUAUCCCCUCUUCAUAUUUUUUCUAUUCUUAACCUUUCUCUACAGUAUGUGUUUGCUGAAAGGAUCAUGUUAUUGAAGCUUUUUGUGAUAUUUGUCUGAUUAUGUUGCUAGGAGUUAAAGGUGGUGCAGACCCAGAAAAGAUCUUCCAAUCAAGGUACUAGUUCCAUCCAUCAACAAAGUUGCCAAUUGGGAUGCUUCAUUUUCAAGGUUCUUUUGAUGCAAACCUGUGCUUUUAAGAAAUUAAUACUGCUGCUGGAUUCAAUUACUUGAUCUUUGAUACAAGUCUUUGACAAAUUCUCAACACACGGGCAAAAGAGAACAUUUCCAAUGAAUUCUAGGUGCUUCCUUGUUCAUCCGCAACAAGAGUAUAGCAUGGUUCCAUUUUCUUCAAAUUCUGCCACAGAAGAUAGAGUGGCUAGUGCUCGAAACAGGCCUCCACGUGUCACCCCUCCUUCCUUUAUGGUUCGGAUGGCCAUGAGAAUAUCUAGAGCAAGAUGGUUUACCUUUUUGAGAAGAGUUUUUCAUUACCAAAAUGGAUCAAGGUCCAACCUUGGCUCCAACCCUUUCAAUUCUAGCACUUGGAUGAUGCUGGAGUUUAUUGCCUUGAUUCUCCAAAUAACAAUUACAACGUUCACUUUGGCCAUUUCCAAGAGGGAGAGACCUAUUUGGCCGAUGAGGAUUUGGAUUUCUGGAUAUGAUAUUGGCUGUGUUCUUAAUCUGCUUCUACUUUAUGGACGCUACCGUCAAAUUUAUCUAACUCAAGGAGAUUCUCUCAGUCUUUCUGAUAUGGAACAGCAGAGAAACAAUGAAGAAACCAGGAUGUCACACUUGAUGAAUAAAUGCCGGACUUCACUUGAGCUUUUCUUCGCCAUAUGGUUUGUGAUGGGAAAUGUUUGGGUUUUUGACUCACGUUUUGGAUCUUUUCAUCAUGCUCCAAAGCUCCAUGUGCUCUGCAUCAUUCUCCUUGCUUGGAAUGCAAUGUGCUACUCUUUCCCUUUCCUACUGUUUGUGUUGUUAUGCUGCUGUGUGCCACUAAUUAGCACCCUCCUCGGCUACAACAUGAACAUGGCCUCUUCCAAUAAAGGAGCUUCUGAUGAUCAAAUUUCACAACUUCCAAGUUGGAGACAUAAAGAAGCCGGUGUCAAGUUAGAGCUUGGCAAUGGCUCUGAAGGCAGUAAAAAAUUGAUCAAUGAAGACCCAGAAUGCUGUAUCUGCUUAGCCAAGUACAAAGACAAAGAGGAAGUUAGACAAUUGCCCUGUUCCCAUAUGUUCCACCUAAAAUGUGUGGAUCAAUGGCUAAAAAUUACAUCAUGUUGCCCUCUUUGCAAACAAGGAUUAGAGAGGUAGAAAUAGCAGAAACAACAGUCAAAAGGAUUAAUCUUAUUUGGUCACAUGUACUCUUGAUAUUACCCUCAGUUUUUUCUUCUUCUUUUUCCUUAAAUUUUGGUUUAAUAUACUUUACACGUGUCACUUGAGUGAGUUUGUAUAUGUACAGAAUAGCUCACCAGUGACCAAAACUAUAAUGUGUGGUUGUAAGGAAUGGAUCCCAUAACCAUUCAAAUUAGUGAUUUUUCUUGUAUUGUCAUCUAAAUACUGCGAGAUAAGCAUCUGCAUCUCUGUAGGGAAAAAAUUAAGGCAAGUAAUAUAUUCGUUCCUUAA